AUGUCAGGAACAGCGCCGUCCGAUCCCUCGCCGGGGAGCCAUGCCAGGGGAGUGGAGCAGACACCAUCGGAUGCCAAUCAACAUGGACAAGCCCAAAACAUUAUCGAUGAGACCAAGGACACAUACGGACCAACAACUGUGGACGCGAGCAUCGGCUACAUGAUCGAUGCUGGUGAUGGAGAUGCCGGUCUUUCGAAUCGCCUUGGCAACAUGUCAAAUCAGCCCAAGGUGAAAGGUGGAAGUGCUGGGACUGAACGCAAACCUGCGACGUUGGAUAAGCGGGGCUUUAAGGUGGGAGAGAAGGCCGAUCUUCACGACUUGGCGCAACAGAAGCAACCAUGA